CUCCUCUCCGCGGUUCCACGCCCACGCCCACGUUACGUUCACGUACCUCGCACGCCCAACGCCCCGUCGCCAGUUGCACUACGACUUCACACGACAACCUCUUUUUUUGCUCUUCUUCCUCCUCUCCUCCUCUCCUCUUCUCCUCUCCUCUUCUCCUCUCCUCGACUCAUUCCCUCUCUUGCUCACUCCCGCUCCUCCUCCAGCCGCCCUCCUCCUCCCAGACCGCCCCUCAGUAAUGCCUCUCGUCGUCUCAUAAGGCCAUCUCCAUCUCCCUCCUCUCUCCCCGCGCCAUGGCCAACACCUCUCCCGCCGCCGCCUUCGCCGCCUCGCCGGACCAGCACGCGGCCGCCUCCUCCAGCCGUCAUGACGAAUCCUUCACGUCACAGAUCCUCCCCCCACUCGCCGAUGCCGCCGCCAGCCCUCGGCCGGGCUCCGAGACCGAGAAGCACCCCAAGGGAAAGCGGAAGCGGACUGCGGCCAAGGAUAAGAUGAUCCUCGAGGAAGCAUACAGCAACAACGCCAAACCCGAUAAGCAGGCGCGUCUCGAGAUCGUCCAGCGCGUCUCAUUAAAUGAGAAAGAAGUCCAGAUCUGGUUCCAGAACCGACGACAGAACGAUCGACGAAAAUCGCGUCCUCUAUCAGCACAAGAGAUUGCUGCUCUUAGAUAUGGAGGCAUGCACGUCAUUUCGUCGGACCCAAUCACAAACAUUACUCCCUGCAAACCCGAAAAGACCUUCCCGGCGUCCGACCCCGCUAGUUCUCGACCUGCAAAUUCCAUCAAUGCAUCUCCCCGACCUCUUCACCAGACUCCUUCAAUUUCCCGAUCUCACUCCGAUAUCAUUGCCAGCACGCCCCUCCCCGCUGGCCACGAGGGGAUCCCUCGCUCCUAUCCCGAAAUAACUCCCAAGCACGACGAAUUCUCCCCAUCCCAUGAGUCUCAAGAUGGCUCCCACUCUCUAUCUAGCUCCAUGUCUAGCUCUGUUGGAUACCUCGCAAAUCGGUGGAAUCUUGGCAGCUCUUUCUCCACACCGGCCACUCUGGGACGUGGCGGUGAUGAUUCCUUCCGAUUCGAACCCUUCCCUCCAUCUUCGUGCUCCUCUGAACCAUCCCAGCCUUCAUCCCAGUCUAAAGUCCGCCUGUCACUGUCCCUGGAAGGGAAGGCGGAACUCGUCUCCAACCAAGUCUCUCCCACUCGUAACCUUCCCCCACGACCGUCCUCCACUACUCCAAGCCUGCCCCACGUGCGCCAACGAAGCCUCCAACGGAGCCAUAGUGCACUUCCAAGCAUCACUCUCCCUCCCAUCUCGACCCUCACAAACUCUUUGCCGCCGCGACUGAUGCGAGGCCGUUCUCGUGAUGUGCAUGCCUGGGAAUCUUGUGCAGAUGCGGAGAACCGCGACGAGCUCACAGCUCAGGCAGAACACGAAUCAAACGGUUCAGCUAUCGCCGCCAUUAGCCUCCUCAGGUCAUCUAGCGGAGUGCUCCAGCCAAGCGGCGCCAAGCGCAACGCGCCCAUCUCGAAACCCCAACGACCUCACCAUGCAAAGAAGGCAAGGCUCAACCGCAGCGGGUCUAGCAUUUCCCAGCUGGAGACGGAGGAGGAAGAAACCGAGAAGCCUGAAAAGGAAUACGGAAAGGUUAAGGUGUCGAUGCUGGUUUCGCCUUCGGGGGAUUCGGAUAAGGAGAACUGGAGCCCGGACGAGGACGGAAACCAGGCAGAGUCCCACCGCCGAAGACCGUUACCGCCCGCGCCUCCCAAAGCUCAGAACCCCCGACGACUCGGUCGAGUGCUUCAGGAGCAAAAAAGCUCUAACAUACUCGGAAACAGGUCCAACACUGCCCCAUCUCGCCACCGCAACGUGGUUAAGGAAGGACUCGAGAUUUUCGAGGAUGUGUUGAAGUGCCCGCCGGUGUCUCGUGAGGAUGACGUUGAGAGAUUUAUGCGAGGCGAAGUAAGCCCCAGCAAGAAGCCUGACAUGGAUUGUGUGGCUGGAUUGCUGUCCCUCAGCCAGGGUGCCUGGCGAUGAAUGCCGGACAUCAUGAACAACCACGUGGUGCAGGCGGAGUGACGCCGGAAUCACCCGCUGGAAUGAAUUUUGUGAGGGAAAGCCUCCGAUGACGAGUUUCAUUUUGGAGGUUUUUGUGUAUACCCAUAUUUGGGAGAAAAUGUGUUUUUGUUGCAUUUCAACGACGUGUUAUUUUCCAUCGUUUUUAAGGUCAUGGUUAUGGUAUGGUGUUUUGUUGUUUGGGCUGAUUGGGGAUGGGCGGCAACAUGGACAUGUUGGAUUCAAUGUAGAUAUAUCUGUCCGACCGAGAUUGUUUGAGCUGGAACAGCUAGACUCGGCUUCUGGCCUGGAAAUGAAAGAUUGUGACGAGCCAAGGAGUGUUCUCUUAUGAAUUGGCUUGUUUUAGUUGCCAUUUACAUAUCAAGAUGAUGGUGCGGUCACAUGUGCAUGAAUUAUCGGGAAUCGUGG